AUGUCGGCUCCCGUACUAUCUAGUAGUAAGGCAGACACCGCUCCCCGAGCAAAGCCCCAGCGCGUCCUCGCAUGCGUCCUCUGCCAGCAGCGCAAGAUCAAGUGCGACCGCAAGUUCCCUUGCGCGCAUUGCACCAAGCACCAGCUACAUUGCGUGCCCGCGACGCAGACCCGGCCCCGGAGGCGGCGGUUCCCGGAGAGGGAGCUUCUCGACCGCCUGCGAAAAUAUGAGGGCCUACUCCGACAAAAUAAGGUUGAGUUUGAGCCGCUUCAUGGGGACCUAGGCACCAGGUAUGGAAAAUCUGUCGACGAUAGCGGCGGGUCGGAUGAUGAGCACCGAUCUGAAGGCACGGGGAUGCCAUCACCGUCAAUCACAGUGAAAUCCGAAACCUCAUACGAACCCAAGAACUUUUGGCAUCUGGUAAGCCCAGAGCUCGAAGCUUCACACGCCGGCUUGCGGGAGACAAUUAGGCAAACGUGGGACCAAACCUGCGAUAGCGAUGAUCACAUUCUCUUCGGCUCCUCAGAUCGAUCAUCAGUCGACCUCUCAACCUUCCAUCCCGAGCCCGUUCACAUCUUCCGACUCUGGCAAAUUUACCUCGACAAUGUGAACGCGCUGCUUCGAGUAACGCACGCUCCCAGCUUUCAAGCGCGCAUCAUUGAAGCCGUAAGCAGCAUCGAAAACAUGAGCCCCGCAUUGGAGGCUCUCAUGUUCAGCAUGUACUCCAUGGCCAUCUCGAGCCUCACGGAGGAGGCUUGCUACGAUACGUUCAAGCAGCCAAGAGCCCUCCUUUUGACCAAAUAUCAGUUUGGCUGUCAGCAAGCUCUGGCCAAUAGCCAAUUCCUACGAACGACUGACAUUGACUGUCUGACCGCGUUGUUCCUCUACCUCCACGCAAGCCGUCCGGCCGCCCACAUUCGAUCCAUCUCGUCACUCCUCAGCGUCGCCAUCCGCAUAGCCCAGCGCAUGGGUCUCCAGCACGAAUCCGCCAACGCAAGGUGUACCAUUCUCGAGGCCGAGAUGCGCCGCAGGCUCUGGUGGUCCCUCGUGCUCUUCGACGCCCGUAUGAGCGGGCUGAGCGAGCACAAGGCCACUGAACUGACCCCGACGUGGGACUGCGCCGUGCCGCUCAACGUGGGCGACUCUGAACUCCGAGCCGAGAUGAAGGAGCCGCCCCGGGCGGAGAUGAAGGUCAGUGAGGCGCUCUUCUCCGUCCUGGCGGCCGAGCUCGCCGACUUUGCCCGGCACACGCCGUUCUACCUCGACAUGACGAAUCCCAUCUUGAGGCCCAUUGCCAAGGAGCUUCCUGGUGGCGGCAAGGUAGAUUGGUUGGAGAAGUCGGUGGAAGAGCGGUAUCUCCGGUACUGCGAUCUCGAGAACCCGACGCACUUCAUGGCCAUGUGGAUGUCGCGCGCAUCGCUCUCAAAGUUCCGUCUCAUGGAAAACUCUCACAGCUACCUCAUGGAGCCCGACGAGGAGAGGUACAAAAUCACGUUAUCCAGCGCCCUGAGGUGGCUGCAUUGCGACGCAAAGCUGGCAGCCUCGCCUCUCACCCAGCGAUUCCGUUGGUUUCUCCAAAUCUACUACCCUUUCCCUGCCUAUAUCCGCAUCACCCAGUUUCUCAAACUGAACCCCCUGGAUUCUAAAGCCGAGUAUAUAUGGAACGCCCUGAGCGAUCAUUUCGAAGCUCGAUUCGAGCAACUCAUGCCGGGGUAUUCCCCAGUCUUUAUCCCCUUCAGCGAGGUCAUUAUCAGCACUUGGGAGGUGCUAGCAACGGCGCUCAGAGACUCGGGGCAGCCGGUAGUCCCGCCGAGAAUCGUAACCAAGGUUCAAGAAAGGCUGUUGGAAGUGACGCCGACUCCGAGUCCACAGUCGCCUACAGCCGAAGCCAUGGGCAUGGGCUCUUAUGACUUUGGUGCAUCGAUUCCGAUGGACUUUGUCGGCCACAGUCUCAAUUAUGACCAAAUCACCUUUUCGCCAACAAACAAUGCUCUGUACCCAAAUAUUAGUAUGCCGGACACGCAUGGUAUCAACGUUGAUCAGUUCAACUGGGAUUCCUUGGAUUUGGGACAACAUGGGCAAGCGACAUAA